AUGAACAUCAUCUCAGUCAUCUUCGGAGGAAGAAGAAUCAUCAGGAGAAGAAGAAGAAGAAUCCCCGUCCACCGCGAGAUCUUCGUCCACGGCCUUGGGUGGGCUGCCACUAAUGAAACCCUAAUCGCUGCUCUCAAACCUUUUGGUGCCAUCGAGGAAUGCAAUGUCGUCACCGAUAAAACUACCGGUCGUUCUAAAGGCUACGGUUUUGUCCUCUUCAAGACGCACGCCGCUGUGCGUAAGGCAUUGAAGGAGCCGCAGAAGAAGAUCAGAAAUCGGAUCGCCGCCUGCCAGUUAGCUUCCACUGGACCUGUUCAGAACCAGCCGGGUUCUGAGAUGAGUGCUCGAAAAUUGUAUGUGGCGAAUGUGGGGCCGCAGAUUGGUGCCGAGAAGCUCAGGGCGUUUUUCGCGAAAUAUGGGAGAUUGAGGAUGGGCCGUUGGGGUCGCAGUACUAAGAAUAAUAAUAAUAAUAAUAACGCUUCAGCAAGUCCAGCGCCUGUAAUGUGUAGGGCAUUGAUUUUGUUCAAGGAGUCAAGAGUAGUAUACUGCCUCUUGGGAGAGGGAAUAUGUGGCUGUGGAGAGAAAAAUGGAGGCUUUGGCUGGAAGAGGGAGUGUGCGGCUGUGGAAUGA